GGUCAAAGGUUAGCUAGGAGCAGCAUCACUAGUAGCACAACAGAGGGGCGGCCAUGUCCUCGUCACCAGCGUGCUGCUCCAACGUCACGUGCCGUCCCCCUCCCCUCCUCUCGUGUCCUCCAGCGCCGCCAGGUCAGAGGAGGAGGACGGGUCACCUGGCGCUCACACCCCAUCCUGAUUAACCGGUUUGUUUUCUUUCUUCUCUCUGACGUGCGCGCGCGACGCCGCGCGCUCUCUUGACACAGGACGCACGAGACACGAACAGGAGCGAGAGCUGCUCGUUGCUUUUUUAAAAUCUUUUUUUUAUUUUUUGUAAACCGAUCCCGGGAGGAACGCAGAGAAAUCAACAGACCGAUUCAGCUCUGCCCCCCUGGUUUAUGUGUUUUUCUCCGUUUACGAGACGACAGAAGACGGGAAACAACAACCGUAAUUCCGGUGGAUGGUUUUUAUCCGCAGUGCCUCAGCCGAGCGGGGAGCAGAAUGUCAAGGCAGCUGCAGCACCGGACGUCGUUCAAACUCACCGACAACGUGGUGGAGGUGAAGAGCAAAUUUGAGGCAGAGUACCGCCGCUUUGCCCUGAAGAGGAACGGCCCCGGCGGCUUCCAGGAGUUCUACCGUCUCCUCCAGACCAUCCACCGCGUCCCCGGCGCCGACGUGCUGCUGGGAUACGCAGACGUUCAUGGCGACCUCCUCCCCAUCAACAACGACGACAACUUCCACAAGGCGGUGUCUGCGGCAAACCCGCUGCUUCGCAUCAUCAUCACCAAGAAAGAGGGAGAACCCAUCGUCUUUGCCACCAACUCCCUACAGAGGCGUAAAAAGGGGCUCGGCCUAACCGGAUUGCGCACCUCUGUCUCAGGCUCCACCCACUCAAAGAGCAAACCGGGGCUCAUGAUUGGCCUGCCGCAGAACUUCCGUCAGAUCUCGUCCAUCAUCGACGUAGACAUCUUACCCGAGACCCACCGACGCGUGCGACUCCACAAGCACGGCACCCACAAGCCACUGGGGUUCUACAUCCGAGACGGCGUCAGCGUGCGCGUGACACAACAAGGCGUGGAGAAGGUGCCAGGGGUGUUCAUCUCCCGCCUGGUACGUGGUGGGCUGGCAGAAAGCACGGGGCUGCUGGGAAUUAAUGACGAGAUCCUCGAAGUCAACGGCAUUGAUGUAGCAGGGAAAACGUUGGAUCAGGUUACAGACAUGAUGGUGGCAAACAGCCACAAUCUCAUCGUGACCGUCAAACCGGCUAACCAGAGGAACAAUGUGGUGCAUCGCGGGAGCAAAACCUCAAUGGGAAACUCUGUGAGCUCAGCUGGGUCCAACAACUCCGCCCAGUCACAUGACUCACCAAGCCCCGCCUCUCAGAGCAACCCACUCACCGCGAGCAACAGCAUCGUUGAGGGCGACAGCGAUGACGACGACGGCGAUGACGAUGGAGACCUCAUCCUGGAGAGCGACUGCCUGACGCCCUUUGACUCCCAUCUGGUAACCAACAGCAACAACACUAACCUCAACAGAGACUCGCCCGGCGGCAUGCUGCAGGACCCGGCCGGGGCUCGGCCCCUCCCACAGAGCGUCUCUUUGCCCAGUAGCGUCGCAGCGUCCCUGAGCGACAGCUCGGCCGAGCUGUCCAAUCACAACGGAAAUCCCGCCCACAUGUCUAGUACCAGUCAGGAGACCAUGAGAGAGGACGGCAACAUCCUGACAUUGUAGCCACGGCAACACCGACACGCCGCCUUUGAUAGUCGGGCCCAUGGGAUGUGACAUCCACACGGUGCCGUUACCAGGACAACGACAGCUGGCACCGCAGACAUACGGAACAGUUCCGCUAGCUUCUUAGCGCCAACUCUCCUCGGAGGUUUGGGGGCUUUUACAUGUCUGCACUGAGGUAAUGAAUAGAGAAAGAAACAUAAUAUAUAGUCAGUUGAAGGAAAAGAUUUAAAAUGCCAUAAUGUAUUAGCCAACCUGUGUAGGCUUAUACAGGGCAGAGGGAAGGGAGAAUGUUGUAAUUGCUCCUUUCAAAGCCACACGUUGGUUUGAUGUCGACACAGUGAAGAAGAAUCUCCUCCUCACAAGCACCACUAUCAUCUGGAGGAGAAGUCACUCGUUCACCACAACGCGUACAAAGUGGAACCUUCAGGGCUCGGGUUUCUGCCCGCAGAGCUCCGACGCUUUGCUAGUUCCUCGACUUCGCCCACGUCUGUUUGCCUUUUUAGAGAUUUGAAUCAACACAAGCAACCUUUUUUUUAUUUGACCUUUCAGUCGCAAAAUGCAAUCCAUCUGCAUUCAUCUACAAAGGAACACGGCUGGUUGUUCACCGCUGCUUUAUUCUUUAUGUUUCUUCAAAUCCCUGUCGACACCUGAAGGCAUCAGCACGUGGAGGAUUCAGAUUUGAAUUUGGACCAAUCAGAAGGCAGCAGUGAUGUGACUAACUCAGGGUGUAUAAUUAAUCCCACACACACUCUAAUCUAUAUUAGACUGCUUGUUGCACGAUAUUUAAGACAAUGAUUGACUGGUUGAAACCAGUUUAAUAUGAAAAAAAUUUGCAAUACUUUUUUAAAUUUUUUAAAUUAAGAUUUUUCUUCUCUUUGAUUUAUCUCAUUGGUUUGGUUUUUUAAUAUGUCUAAUUAAAAAAGAAGAAAUCAAUUACUGUAAAAGGGGUGAUUGUUGUCAGGCCAAGAUACAGCUUCUAUAGCUGUGAAUCACAGACAUAUAAUACAAUCGUUAUUGAUCAAUUUACCAACAUUCAUUCAGAGAAUAGGAUGUGGAGGAAAUUGAAAAAGUGUGUGCUCCCAACUUGGUCACACGUGUGUGUGUGUGUGUGUGUGUGUGUGUGUGUGUGUGUGUGUGUGUGUGUGUGUGUGUGUGUGUGUGUGUGUGUGUGUGUGUGUGUGUGUGUGUGUGUGUGUGUGUGUGUGUGAAGCAGAUGUAGCAUCUCCAACCAAACUAUAGCUCCUCGUCUGCUGCUUCUGCACCAAAUAAGGACGGUUUAAUUAGCUGUGGCCAAAGUUCAAAUAUUGUUUUCAGCAGAGCUCCAUACAUUACAAUCUUAAAAGUACAUUUGAACUAUUUCUUUGAUAACACAGCAUUACCAUAGCAACGAGGUGUCAUUGUUGGUGUUUUGGUUUUGUGACCGCAACAUUGCGUUCUCUGCCAUUUUGUCUGAUUACGUGUGAAUGCAUCACGAAGCCAGAGCCUUCCUCUUUAAACAGCCGGUAAUACGCUGGAGGUCUUUAAGGUCCUUCCAGUUCUUCUAAUGCUGUCAACCACGACGCACCCACGCACGCACGCACACACACACACACACAGAAGCUUUUUUAUUUUGUUUAAAUGUUUACUGUAAAAUAGAAGUGUAAAUGUGAGCAAUGUGAGAUUAUGAAAUAAGGGCGAUCUUUAGUAAAUGCUAGAUGUUUUUAUAAUGUGUGUAAAAUAUGGAAAGUAUUUUUCUUAUUCUUGUACUUUUAAAUUGAAUAUGAGAGUAGACGGGGUAACGAGAUGAACGGUGUGUGUGUGCGUCUCAGCUCGUUGCUGAAUGUGCAUCCAUAUGCACACCGCGUUCUCUUUGAGUUAUGCGUCUCCACAAGAUGAAUAUAAAAUGAAGGAUGUCUUUUAUUUCCUGCAAAGACGGGAUCGAAUGGAUUCUGAACGGAUUGCAUGCUAAAUGUUCCAUGAUAUUAAUGAGAAGCCUGGAAUAUUUCCCCAAACUAAAUGCUACCGUCUCAAACUGUGCACAGUUGUUCCGACGUUCCCCCCCCAUGCGUCUGAUGGGCCUUCAGCAUAGUUGGUCCACUUGGUUUGAUGUGAUGGAGCUGUGCUUCUGAAGGAAAGCAUUGAAUUAAAUGGGUUCCUGGACCAGUAGGAGGCCUGAGGAAGGUGUUGGCAUGUGGAUACAGUGAAGUGACCCGGGCCCAGCUGACAUGUUCUUUAGCACACGCCAGCAUUAAUGAAGCAGUGAAAAGAUCCAGAGGGGUGUAGCUUAGCUCAGCAUGGAUAAUAUGAUUAGCUCCUCCCCUAGUUUGCUAAAUAAAAACCACAUUGUAAAAGAACUACUUCCUGACCAACCAUAGAAUGUAAUUCUAUGUAACAGAAAGUCAUUAAUGUUAUGAAUGUGUUGGGAGUCACAUGUCUGUCCUGUCACAGUGUCUCUGAGACCUCUGCUACACAAACACUUGUUUGGAUGCAUUCAGCACUUUUUGACAGAAGUAGGCUGGUGGUUUCGUGCUAAGCUAAACAUGUCACCCUUUAUUUCUGUACUUUAAAUGAAGGUCAUGAAGAAAAUACGAACCCGUGCGACUAAUCUGCUUCUUCAAUUACGCUUGAAUGAAAACAGUUACAAUCGCAGUGCUGAAUACACGGUCAACUUAAAAAUGUGAAAGAAUUCAACAAAGACGGGAUAAAAGGAUAAAAGUUAAUGUUCAUACAACAAUAAAAUGACCCGGUUAUCUUAACAGGAGAGUUUUGAUAAAUAAAAUAAAUAGUUUGUCAUGUUUACUGAUAGACAUUUUGACUGGGUUAGGCUCUAUGAUCUGGAAUAACGUGGUGCUUCCCUCACCUGACGGUGCAGCGCUGUGUCCCGAGGAGUCGCCUCCUAAUUGUGUCUCUAGCCCAUUUGAUGACGAUGAUGAUGAUGGUGGUGGUGGAGGGUCAUGUGAGUGAAGGUGUCCUCCUUAGACUGUAGAAAACAAAGGAAGUGCCUUUUAUGAGUGAGGACAUGAGGAACAUGGACAUACUUCUGGUUUCUAUAGGAGUAACUAAACUGUGAAUGUCAUCUAAAGAUCAAAUAUAAUGAUUAUAGAAAAUAAAAUAUUAUUAAAAAGUGUGAUUCUAUUUCGAUUUUGAGAUUACUUUUCCUUUUUUCUUUUAUGCCGAUCAUUCUUUUGGUUUUUCAUUCUUUUGUCUUCGUUAAAAAGUUUCACAAGUAUAUCUACAUGACGCUGAGAUGGAUGCAUCUGAUAUUUGUCUUUUGGGGGGAGGAGAGGAGGUUGGGGGGUAAGAAUCAAUCAGCCAAAUACCAUUACCACUUUUUACAAGGUUCAGUUCAUCUGUUGACAAAUUAGAGUUGAAAUAUUUUGCCCCAAUGGAGAGAGGGCUUCGACAAGUUGAAUAAGAUUCUGGGGAUUAAUCAUCCAAAUGUCAUGGAUUGUGAAAUAGUAUUAGCAAUUAAAAUUGAGUACAUCUGUUAAAUGGAUAGUUGGUGCCGGUUUCAUUUUGCUUAUCAACUCUAUUUAUUUACUAAUGAUCGAUGGGGGCAUUUGGUGUAUCUUUCGGUGCAAAGCUGCCCAGAUUAUUAUGGGAUGUGUAAGAAGUGUCUCCAAAUUAACCAUGUUGUUUACAUCAAAUUCCUACUCUCUGUAAUGAAAUAUUAAGAAUGUAAAAUGAGCCAUUCUAGUGCUUUGUUUCAGAAUGAUGAAGUUGGAGGACUAUACAUCUGCACAGGGUCACUAGCUGGUGGCCCCCCUGAGGUCACAUUGUGGCGGGGGUGCAGUCGGAGAGCAGCCUGAAGGUCGCUGGUUCAAUGUCACAGUGUGCCUCGGGCUCCAUCACCACCUCUGCAUGGUAGCUCCUGCCAUCAGUGUGUCAAUGAGUGAAUUAUGUCAAGUGGUCUUUGAGUGGCCAGGACACUAGAAAAGAGAUUUAGAAGUACAGACUACUCCCCAUUUCUUGGGGAGAACUUGUUAUUAGAUUGGUGUCCUGUUUCGAGCUCAGGAAUUAAUAACAAUUUGACACAAACCCAUACGGGCUCUGCGCCUUCGGGGCAUGAAACUCUAUACGAAACCAAGAAGAACAAACUAUAGAGACUCGUCAGCCUCUCGUGGGAGAGGUUUCUGCUCCAGGGCUCCUUUUAGGUUCAGGCAACACAUCAACUCCGGUUUGGAGAAAUAUUAAGAUGUGGGUCCAAAUGAACACGAUGAAAACGCACAACAACAGCCACCACACCAAAGAGUGUCUGAAACUCGCAUUCUCUCUACUGACCAUCAGAGGACGACUCCUCUGGUUGAAUAGAAAUCUAGGAGAAAAUCUUCUCUCUCGGUUUAUUCCUUCAUUAAAGCCGCAGACCUAGUUAUUGUGAUGUCACAAACUUGUCAUUUUCUCAUAGGGUUCAAUAACAUUUCUGAAUCCUCUCAUUUUUUUGUAAUUACUUUUUAUUGACUGUGUGGAGUCUGCAUGUUCUCCUUAUGUCUGCGUGGGUCCAGGAGCUCCGGCUUCCUCCCACGGGCCAAACACAUGCUCUGGGGAUCAGGUUAAAUUUGCCCAUAGGUGUGUGGAUGUGAGUGCGAUUGGUUGCUUGUCUCUGUCUCCGCCCUGCGAUUGACUGGCGACCGAUCCAAGGUGUACCCCGUCUCUCGCCUGAUGGUAGCUGGGAUAGGCUCCAGCCCCUCCUCCCCCCGGCACCCUGUAUGAGGGAUAAGCGCUGUGUAGAUGGAUGGAGGGAUGCUUUAUAGAUUUUACAGGUUUUGUUUCACCAGGAGAGAAGCUGAAGACUUUUUUUUUUGCAAUUAAAGGUGUCACCCCCUGCUGGUCGGGGGAGAGAGCAUCAUCGGCUUCACUUUGCAGAACUGGAGUUUGCCUCAUUACAUUACAUGUCGCUUUUAUCAAAAAGCGACUUACAAUAAGUGCAUUUCCACAUAGAGAUACAAACUCAGAAGAACAACAAGUGCCCCCUGGUUAACUCAGACCUCCUUCAAGGUGACCCAGGGGUUAAGUUUAUACCUGGCUCUCUCCCAGCUUUCCUGCCAAAAAGAAAAAAAAGUGAUUACAGCGUUGUUCCAGGAAUGUGAUCAGUGUGAGCAGAGGUGAUAUCCAUUACGGGAUCAGCUAAACCAAGCAGCGCUGUUUGUGGAGCUGAAGGCUAACACAGGCUGUUUUUAUGGUUGAAGGAGGUUGUGGAGAGGACAAGGAGAGAGAAACCGGGAGCUCAUAGUGUUCACAUGGAAGUUCUCUUGCUUCAAUUUAAAGUUGGUGUGAGACAUCUUUCAACCGGUUAUGAAACAUUCAACCGCUGUUUGGCCUACGUAAGUGAUCCAGACCUUCAGAAACCCCUCCCGCUGGGCCUUUGACAUUCAGUGUGGAGGUGACCUUCUGUUGGGUCAGGAGCGGAGUUUCUCCUCACCGGGGGCCCACACUGACCCCACGGCCCCUGUGACACAGUCAGACUCGUACCAAGAAAGACCCCAAUGUCAGAAGGUUCUUGCUCAUUCUAUCACGUCACGUGUUCAUGCCCGAACCCUCAGGGACUGACUCACCUGGUAGAGGGACAGGAGUGUGUAGAAAGCACUAAUGGGACAGGACAUUUAGCAACGCACCUCGUUACCAUGACGACGUCAGAUUAUAUAGGAACUUUUUGCUCCCUGAUCUGAACGUCUUCCAGGCUCCUCACAAGUGAUUAUUAAUUUACUUGUUAAAUGGACCGUACAUGUAUUUGUCUUUUCUACUUUUACAACCACUUUUACCCAAAACGUCAUCAGUCACCCAUUCAUUCACCAACGACUUCAGUCACUGAUCCCAGCUUAGUGUCUGGUCCUUUGGUAGAAGGACGACCUGCUCUCUACUGAGCGGGACGUAAUCCUGUGGCUCUAGUAAUUCAUUGUGAUCCGUGGUCAAGUUGAGGGUUAAUAACUUUUUAUUUAGCUUUGAACUAGAUUGCUGUCUUUGUACUUUUGACCGAAUGAUUUGGUUUUCUUCAUCCAUAUGUUACAGGCUUGUUAAACCGGCCGUCAUUGUGGACAGUAACUAACAUUUCAGUUUUUUAAAUAAGAGACAACUGAGGAAACCUGGGCACUAAUUGGUUGGCAAUGAGACACAGAGGACUUUAAAGACACAUAUGAGGUACUCUGCUUUGUACGAGAUACCGAGAAAGCCGUUUGUAUGUUUCUGUCUAAAGAGACCGGCGUGUAAGAUCCGGAGAACCCGGCGUAAGCUCAUUACAGAGGCCAGCGGAGGUGGCGAUGUCAUCAAGUGAGCAGAGGGGCCGUACUGUCGUCCCAGUUAUUGAGCGUCUGUAGUGCCAGGUCCAAACUUCUAAGUAAACAAGUCUGUACUUGAAGGCUUUGUGUAAUAAAAUCUCUGUAUUAUGACAGGCAGAACACAAGUGUCUUUGUUUACAUCUCAAUGCUUCCGCUGGUCACCCCCUUGUUCAACAACACAUUGCAAAGAAUUCUGGGUAAUUCCCUUGGACAAAGGAUGGCCAGAAAGACACCACAUAAGUUCAAUCUAGUGCUUUACACUUAAAUUGAGAAAUAUUCCUUGAGGUGUAAGGUUGCAACACAUGCUUUUUUGUCUUCCAUCUCAUACACAGAGAUUCUGAUUAUUUUGCUUAUUCACCAUAAACGGUAUGAAUAAACAACCACAAAUAUAUUACACCAUAUGUCUUGCAAUGGCUUCAUUCAAAUACAUAUGAAUACAAAUGAAUAUUACUGAGCUCGAUGACAUGAGGGGUCAUUAUCAAGAACACCACAACGGCUGCUGCCUGAACGUGACACACUACUCGAUCACUUCCCUCAGGGAACAGAACAA